AUGCACUGCGCUCGCGAUGGCCGCCACGACGCGUCCGACGAGGAGACGCCGCUGCUCUCGCCGGAGCGCAAGGGGUUGAAGGCGCCGACGCCGCUGCCGCGCAUGCAGAUUUUCAUUCUGCUGCUCAUGCAGCUCGCGGAGCCCAUCACCGCCAAUUGUAUAUAUCCGUUCAUCAACCAGCUCGUCAGUGAGCUCGAUAUCACCGGGGGCGACGAAAAGAAAGUUGGGUACUAUGCCGGUCUGAUCGAAUCCCUCUUCUUCGCGACAGAGGCGAUGUUUAUAAUGCAGUGGGCCCGGAUAUCGGACCGCAUCGGCCGCAAGCCGGUGCUGCUCACCGGCGUGGGCGGUCUGUGCAUAUCCAUGUUGUGCUUCGGGCUUUCGAAAACCUUCACUGGGCUGGUCGUCAGCCGGUGUCUCGUGGGUAUGUUGAAUGGAAACAUUGGGGUUAUCAAGAGUAUGGUGGCAGAUCUCACCGACUCGACGAAUAUGGCUCAGGGCUUUGCCAUGAUGCCCGUCAUGUGGUCCAUAGGAGGGACGAUUGGCCCUCUUAUUGGAGGACAGCUUGCGAAGCCGCAUGACCGGUGGCCUGAGGUUUUCACCAAUCCGUUUUGGCAGUAUUAUCCUUAUUUCCUUCCUUGCGCCGUUGCGGCGCUCUUCUCUGCGGUGAUCUUUUGUGUCACUGCUGCAUUCUUACGCGAGACCGUCAAACCUCAGCCUCGCCGCCCCAAAAUCGUCAGGUUCGCCAGUGACGCCACAGUUGUCAAUGCCGAACCAUCCUCUUCAGCUCCCAGCGACGUCCCUCUCCGUGCUCUGCUCACCGCUCCCGUUGUUUGGACCGUCUGCAACUACGCGUGCCUAGCCCUCCUCGAGAUGGCUUACCGUGCUAUCCAACCCCUCUUCUUCUCCACCCCUGUUGAGUUUGGCGGUCUUGGGCUCCCUCCAUCAACCAUCGGCAUCAUCCUGGGCUCCUUCGGCGUCAUGGAUGGAGUCUUCCAAGCGAUGUUCUUCGCAAAAUUGGUCGACCGCUGGGGUGCCAAACGCGUCUUCCAGGCAGGCAUGGCGAUGUUCAUCUUCCUCUUCCCUCUAUUCACUCUCAUCAACGUCACCGCCCGGAUCGAGGGCAUGUCAAAUACUGUAUGGGCCCUCGUCAUCCUCCAGCUUGCGCUCUCCGUUAUCAUGGACAUGGCCUACGGCUGCGUCUUCAUUUUCAUGACCGGCGCCGCGCCCAACAAGAGCUCCCUCGGCGCGACCAACGGCGUCGGCCAGCUCGCCGCGUCGGUCGUGCGCGCGAUCGCGCCCGCGGGCGCGACCUCGCUCUUUGCGCUCUCCGCCGAACGCGAUUGGCUCGGCGGACACGGCGUGUACGCGAUCUUCACCUCCCUCUCCGUCCUCUGCAUGCUCGUCGGCGCGCCCCUCCCCCGGCGCAACUGGCAGUCCGACGCGGGCGACGCCGAGGAGGAGGAUUCUUGA